AAAAUGGAGAAUGUGAAGGGCGCAAGGCAACAUUCUGAUUCUCAUUUAUCAGCUUCGUCGUCCUCUGAUUCAUCUCUCGAACUAAGUACUCAUCCAAAGGAGUCUGUAUCUACCAAGCCUGAACAAGACGAUGCUUUUGUGUCUGCGACUCCAGCAGCCUUGUCUUCCCCUGAUGUUUCUUCUCAAGCACCUCAAUGGAGCAUGAUAAGUUCAUCUCCGAGUGAAGAAACAGGAAAUCCAUUAUUUCCUCAAAAUGUUGAGGCAAUGAAAUCCCCUUCGUCUAUGGAUCAUCCUCCAGGUUAUGAUCCCAAUCGUAUUCCAAAAUCCAUAUUUUCGAGCAAGCCUACGACCACAGACUGGAGUACUGCUUCAAAUGAGUCGUUGUUUAGCAUUCAGAUGGGAGCCAAUAGCUUCUCUACUGAUUAUUCUAAUUACAUGUUACCUAAAUCAGGAGAAGUCCCACUUGAGGAAUGGAAAAAUUCAAUAGCCAAUCCAUAUUACACAUCCGAAAUUAAAUCCAAUGAAAAUAAGAAUUUAUCUUUCCCUCCUCUCCGCCCUCUUAUGGAAGAUAACGAUGGAAAAAGUACAAGACCUUCCGAAUUAGGUCUUGGUAUACAAGAGAAGAACCUCAAAGAGGAAAAAACUGUGAAUAAUAUCAUACAAAAAACACCUAUUAAUAUCGACAUUGAAGAGCCUACUUCCACCACUUUCAACAAGCCUGAUGAUAGAGUUAUUCCUCCAAUUGAGGAAACUCAUAUUUCGUCACCUGUUCAUGCUUCUUCACCUUGCUACUCCGAGGUGAGUGGAAACAGCAGCAAAUCAUUUGUUUUCCCAGUACUAGUAAAUGAUGGUGGGAAAAGCAACUCACUGAAAAGUGCAUCUGAAAAAGUAGAAAAAUCUGAGUCUCAACCUCAACCAGAGUUCCAACCUGAUAUACAACAACUACAAAAACCAUCAGAAUCACAGCCUAAAGUAGCAGAGAAAAGUUGGUGUUCAUGUUUCACUUGUUGGCCACGCUGUUGUUGAUAC